AUGCUUAUCGACGACUCUCUCUUUGAACUCAAUGCUGAAUCUAUCUCGAAUGUCUACGGUACAAUUUCUUCUCAAGCCAAGCUUGAAGGAAAACUGGCUGAACAGAAUCGUGCAGGAAGGAUGCCGCUGCAGUUGUCAGACGUCAAGCCGGUGACGGCCUUCCCUCUGCCAGACCGCCCGAUAUCCUUUAAUGACGCUAAGGAACUGUUCAUUACCUCUGCUAGGCCUGCUCGCUCCAAUAACGAUGAGCUCUCUUCUGAACUACUACCCGUCUCCUGUUCUGAGCAAGAACUCGGUGCAGAAGGUGGGCCCGAAGAAGCCACCGCCGCCGUCCCUAGAGUCGACCGCAGGAAAGAUGGAAAUGUCGGGGUUGGGGUAUCUACGCGUUCGGAGCAGAGAGCCGUAGUGACAACCGGGAAGAUCCAACCUACGCGUCAGACCGUGAAUGUGCUGCCUGUGCAUCUCACAGUGCCUCUUUCCCCCGUCCCUCGCACAGUCCGAUGGUAG